AUGUGUGACGCGGGAACGACAUUACCCCUACAUGAUGGAGAUGAUUCCCCCGUGCUUAACAAGGCCUACUGGGGCACUGUAAACAUCGGCUUACAGGUCAGCUUAGAAGAUCUCGACACACUGUCAAGGCGGCGCGUGAACACAGCAUCCCCGAAGAGCGCCGCCGACAGAAUAGUUCAAUUAGAAACUGGAAUUAUAACUGGAGUACCAGGGAACAAUGCCGACUACCCGAUCGAUUCCGAAUCCGACAGCGACAAUUGGGGGAUGAGUUCGGAGUAUCCUUCGAGUGACAAGAAUGAAAAUUCUUUGGAUGCCGAUGACAACUUUGAGCUUAGGGACAAAACGCUGGGAAGUAAACGCGACAACGGAAAUGGGAGCUUAGCAACGAGGGGCAGGAGCUCGAAGGGAAAACGGCGGUUCAUCUCGGUGAAUAUGGACGAGGGAAGACAACACAACAAUGUGGAGCUCGAGAUGACGGAGGCUGAACAUGUCAGGCCCCAUGGCAGAGCAAGUAGCGCGGGCAUGACACUGGCGCAAGUAGUUGAGCUCGCACAGACCAAAGAGAGAAAAAUACCGGCACACAAUUUAGGUGGGUGGGGUAAAGUGAAACGGUUGGUGCGAGGGAUAGCGGAUAUGAAGAAAAGUAUGCUUGUUCAUACCAAAAGACAGAGAUUAGAGGAGCGCGACUUUCAUAGGGAAGUCCGACCUACUCAAGACAUCAAGAAUUUCAUGAAUGAAGCUACGGUGAUCUUUCAUCUCCCAGGUACUAAUAUCCAUGACGUCAUCAUGCCAAUGUUAACAAAAGUGCUGACCAACGAGUCAGGGAUUAAAUUAGAAGAAGCAAGACGGGCACUAUUUACUGACGAAUCUUCUUCAUUACUUUCCCAUUCACUGCAGUCCAGUGUGAUGCUUGGCGGCGGUAUGUUUUUUGAAGAAAGUUGGUUAUGUGCCUUUGCAAGUCACAAAAAUUUACAAAGACGCCACGUGGCAAUAGGCAGACUUCGGAGACCGACCAACUUGGGUUUUACCUGCAGCGAUGUACGGUUUGUUGUAUUAGUAUUGGCGCCCGCAGUUGAGAAAGGGACCAAGAAUUCUAUGGAAACAGCCAUCACAUUUGGUACACUGUUCACGGAUAUUAAUUUUCGCGUGUCUCUCUGGGAAGAGGCUGGAAAUGAAGAAGAGUUCUUGAAGAUACUGCGAGUCCGGGUCAAUGAACUUUCUGACAACAAAAAUAUCCGUAAUGUGGUAAGGCGGCGAGAUAGCCAAACGGAUACACACAAUCCUUUCCUCCAAGCAGAUACAAGAAAACGCUGCACUGUUCUCAAAGGUGUCCGAGAGGACAUGAAAAGACGCAUUCCAAAAUAUAAAAGUGAUUUCAGGGACGGUAUUUACGGCGGAGCUUACACACUGCGGGUCCUGAUCACCACGAUUAUAUUUCUAUACUUUUCAUGUUUACUGUUCGCCUUGUCUCUGGGCGUGUUGAAUGACAAGAACACACAUGGAUAUAUUGGUGUCAAGAAAGCCCUUGUUGGUCAGAUAAUAGCGGGGUUGGUUGGAGGCAUAUUCGGUGGACAGCCUUUAAUGGUUUUGGCGACAUCGGCACCAUUGGCGCUCUUCACAAAAGUUAUUUACAUGUUCUGCGAGGAGCGUGUCUGGGACUUCCACCUCGUGUACGGGUCGAUAGGUAUAUGCAGCUCUGGAUUUCUCAUUCUCUUUGCCGUGCUCGACCUCAGUAAAUACAUGAAAUGGUCGACUAGAUCCGUCGAUGAAGUGUUCUCCGUAUUUGUGUCUUGUACGCUCAUUAAAGAAGCCAUCGACGCACUACGAUACAAUUUCAACCAGAAUUAUAGUUGCCUUAAAGGCAUAUCGGAAAACAUGUACGUUGCAACAAACGUCACCUGGGAGAUGACGAAGACGAAUAUCACCCACGAGAAGUACGAAAACGAAACGGGCACUGUAGAGGGCGUUUUACCUGGCAUGAUCAUUCACAACACCACGACCAUUGUGCGAGAAUGCGUACACGGCACUUGUUACCCAGAAAACAGUUUGUUGUUUUUAAUGCUGAUGCUGGGCGUCCCUUGGGUAGGCAUAACACUAUAUAGAUUUAAAAAAAGUCCUUUUUUAGCAACACUGUAUCGAGAACUACUUUCAAACCAAGCUUUAGCAAUAACCGUUAUAUUGUGGUCCUUUAUCGGCUCUUACUGCUUUAAAGAUGUCCAUUUAACACCAUUCCCAUACAAUCACAAAGCCGAUGUGUUUACGGUCAGUAAAUAUAGGGAAGCUGGCUACGCUAUCUGGCUAUCUGCGCUGGGCCUUGGUCUUUCUCACGCUCUAAUGGUAUUCAUGGAACACAAUAUAACGGGUUCCAUUCUCAACUCGCCAGAAAAUAAAUUAAAGAAGGGGACAUCGUAUCACUGGGAUCUGCUCCUGUGUGGCAUCCUUAAUUUAUUCUUCGCUAUAUUCGGACUUCCAAUGGUACAUGGUAUUGUACCUUUAUCACCUAUGCACGUGCGAGCGUUAGCAGACGUAGAGGAAAGAGUUCAUUAUGGCUACGUGCAAACAAUUAUUGUGCGAGUCCGAGAAACUCGUCUCACUGUCAUAGUGUCUCACAUAUUUCUUGGCGUGUCACUGCUAAUGCUGCCGCUACCUUUGCAAUAUAUACCAAUGGCAGUGCUGGCAGGAGUGUAUAUAUUUCUAGCAAUACAACUAUUCGUCGGCAAUCAGCUAUUUGAGAGGAUGUUACUUUUUAUUACCGAACAAUCGGCGUAUCCGCCGAGCCAUUACGUUAGACGAGUACCUCAAAGAAAGAUGCAUCUAUUUACAUUAAUUGAGGUCGUUGAGUUGAUAGUGCUGUGCGUGUUUGGUUUCUCAUCGAUAUCCUACAUGAAGAUGGUUUUCCCGGUCAUAUUAAUACUCUAUAUACCUAUAAGACAACUGUUAAUACCACGGAUUAUCGAGAAAAAAUAUCUCGAGUCGUUAGACAUGCAUUGA